AUGCAAGAUGAAGUAAUGAAAGUACUAGAAACCAGGAAACUGAAUGCCAGCAGCAUACUGAAUAUUGUGCCUGAAAAACUUUUACACCAUAAUGUUACUCUGUCACUCUUGGUGACCCACGGACACUCUCACUUAGGUAUCCGUUUUCAUAAACACAGCCCGCACCUUUUCAAAUCAGUCAGUCGGUUAAGUAAACUAAUACCUGAUGAAUAUGUGGAUGUGAAGUGGGCUGAUAAAAAUGAGCUGGAGAAGCUGUACAAGUUAGCCAAUUUGCUACAGGUGGCUCUCAAAGCAAAAAUAGCAGAAAAUGAAGAGGAGACUCAAGAGAUAGAGGUUCAGAAGGAAUUGCCUAUAGAAGUUUCGGAAGAUUCUGGGGACAUCAUCCUGAUGACUAAGAGCCAUCUGAAAAGGAUAAAGAGCCAUCUGAAAAGGAUAAAGCGAGAUCGCUGGCUUGGAAAAACUCCAAGGGGAAAAGAGUCAUUUCUUAGGUUGCACAGAAAAAGGCGAGAAUUUGCAAAAGCCACCAGACAAUUUGCAGGAGAGCAAGGAAAACUAGAUUCACAUAUCAUGGCUGAAAGAUGGAGGAAGCUAGCAAGGGGACUAGAACCUCAGAGGUUUGCUUUGCCUAGCAGGCUUCAUCAAGCAGCGCUUCAUUCCCUACAGAAGCGCUCCAUUUUCCAUCUUCCAACUAAGCUGCCUCCCUUGACUGCUUCUGUCAUAGUAGACGAUGGUGCUGAGGACCUGGCAGGUAAAGUGGUCAUUAUUCUGAAAGCUGCCAACAGAUCGGCAAAGCCCAGCAAUGUAAAGCACAAUCUGAUCAGUGAGCAGGAGAGAGAGGAAGAUACUCAGAAUGAACAAAACACAGAGAAUGUUUUGGUGAAAGGUCUAGAGCCUCAGGUAUCAAGUAAGGAAAACCUGCUCAACCACUUAAUAAUUGGAGGGAGCAAAUCUAGAAUCCCUACUGAUGACUCGGAAACUUUGAAUGAACUCUCACCUGAUAUAACAUUGUCCCAUGAGACACAUUGGGAGCAUCAUGAACAGACCACCUCUGCUCCCCCUUCACUUGAUUUUUUGCCAGCCACUGAUGACUAUUUGCUUCAGGGUGAUCUCUUUGAAGCUGAGUUGAACAAGCGGUUGGCAUCCCUCAUCCCAAAUGAGCCUGUCAGGAACCUCAUCUCCCAUGUGAUCCGUAUCCUGAAAAUGGACUGCACAGAACCCACUAUCCAGAUGGCUUGUGCUAAACUCAUCUCUAGGACGGGCCUUCUCAUGAAACUCUUCAGUGAGAGAGAAAACAUCCAGGAGGCAUCUGCUCUGUGGAAGUCCUACUUUUGGCCUGCUAAGAAUGAAGCCAACAUGACUACAGCAAGCUCCAGAAAAAUGCAGAAACCUUCUGAUGAGAUAGCAAGGCAGGGAAUUCCACAAUAUGGGUAUGGCAACAAGUUGCUGUUGGCUAUUUCGGUGACAGCGGUGAUAAUGGUUAUUAUUGCAGUAAUUUGUCUGAUUGAGAUCUGCUCUCAACGAUCUGCAAAAGGAAGGGAAGGAACCCCUCAGGAAAGACGGACUUUUCUGGGUAGAAAGAAGAAAGGUACACCAGAGAAACAG